GCGAGGCGGCGGGAGCUGAGCGCCGGCGGGGCCGCUGCCACUGUCACUGUCGCGACAUGAGCGAGAGACAAGGAACCGGGGCUGCGAAUGGGAAGGACAAGACGUCUGGUGAGAAUGAUGGGCAAAAGAAGGUCCAGGAGGAGUUUGACAUAGACAUGGACGCGCCAGAGACAGAACGGGCGGCCGUGGCGAUACAGUCCCAGUUCAGAAAAUUCCAGAAGAAAAAAGCGGGGUCCCAGUCCUAGUAGCUACCUCACAGCGCAAAACAAAGUAAUCCUGAGAUGAUUUAUCCAGAAGAUCAGAAAUAACACAAAGAUGCAUGUACAGAAAUUAUCAAUAUUUAAAACCCCAUUGGCAGAUAACAACCCAUGAGCUUGUGUGCGACUUCAUCCCAGAUGUUUCACACCCAUUACCCUCUGUAACUCACCAUUUUACUUGAUGUUGUAAUAAAAAGUUAGGGUGAAGUAAUUAAAGUGUCUGCCUUCAUCUGUCUUUCCAUAUUAAUCCAGCAAGUGCAGCGUUACAAAUGAACCCAGCCCAGAUGCCUGUUUCCCUCUCCACCUAAAGCUCAGAGUCAUAACAGCACCGUAUGUUGCAGGGAUUUUUGCUGAGGGAUCAGAUAGAUGCAUCCCAGCCCUGCUUCCCUCAUUUGGAGAAUUCCAGCUGCCAGCAAAAUGUGAAAAUAAAAUGACUUUCUCGUAAUGAGCUGAACGUAAAAGCAACAACAACAAAAACGUUGCAGACAGAAGCUGGCAUGAGGGGUGUAGGAAGCAGGGAGCAGUUUAUUUUUGUCUUGCAAGUGUGUCAAUAAAGUGGUUUGAGUGGGGAAAUUGUGCCUGUCCUUCCUCUUUGCAUGAUAACAUUCAGAGAUCUUGGACCUCAUUGACUGUUAUGGAAAGAAAAUAAUAAACCAGACACAAAAUACC